AUGGCUCAACAUACGCAUGAACCCACCUCACUCUGGUGGCCCGAGGAGCGAAUCAAGUCGACGCUAGAUACCAAGUACAUCGUCAAUCAGCUACAACCUCCGAAUGUGCCGCGGCUGUUCGAUCUCCCCAAAUGGGGUGAGGGUCUAACCAGUGAGACAUACAUGGAAUACAUCCUUCUCAAGGCUGGUCGUCUAUUUCUGAUCCUGAACGAGAUCGGAAUUCCCGACCGCAUUUUCGCCUUGGUUGACGAAUCAUGCGACGAUGACGAUCUGCCUAUCGCCGAGCAGAAUGUUGAUCGCCUGGGCUUAUCACCCGAUGGCAACGAUCCCUCCCUCGAUACAAAGUUCUUCCACACUCAAUGGCGCUUCUCUGUGCGUGGGAUUGGAGAGGGCGAGCAUGUUUCAUAUACCGGCAAUGAAGGUGUUCCGGUGGAGGUAUUGCGCACCAAUGGCAUUCACAAUGAGCUGCAGGGCCGUGAUGAUUCGGUCGACAAGGUGGUUCUCGCUGGGUCUGUAUGCCGAGUAUUCAUGCGAACACAAGUCCAAGUCGGCGGUGCACCACACUUCUUUUCUGCCGACGAAGUCCUAGCGGAAAUCCGAGCUCUCCGAAAGCUCGCCCAUGAGCAUGUGAUGUCAAUAUACGCCUCGUACUUUGUCGACGACAGCGUCAGUGUGCUCUUCACAGGCGCUGAAACAGAUCGCACCCUACAUAGCUUCCUCACUGAUGAGCCGCCGGCUUUCAAGCGGCUUCCCAAGGAACAACGUCGUCAAACCCUAAUUACCUGGCCACACUGCCUAGUGUCCGGAUUAUCCUGGCUGCAUGCCCAUGGUCACUUCCACGGUGCCAUCCGACCCUCGAACGUCCUAGUCGAUCCCAACUUCCAGAUCUGUCUGGGCCAAUUCCACGUCCUAGACUCACUACUCGCGCCACCCCGAGUUAAUGACCUCGAAAGCUACCACUACGCCGCCCCAGAGCGCUGGGUUCGCACCGCAGCACCAGUCCACCAAGUCCAAGCCCCAAGCCGCACCAUCCUUCCAUCAGGAGGCCGCACAGGCCGAAGAAAGAAGACAACAAAGCUACCUCUAUCAACCUUAGACGAAUCCUCACCCGACAUCGAACGCCCCUCUUCCGUCACCUCCGCCACGUCCGCCGCUUCAAAAGGCACAGUAAUCCGAAUCGGUCUCCCAGGCUCCCCAUCCCGCUUCUCAUUCGCCUUCUCAUCCUCCUCCUCAUCAUCGGCCUCCUCAGCAGCAUCCCUCCACGCACAAGAAAGCCCUAAGCUCGCCCGCCUCUGGAACAAAAGACCCAAAGGCCUAAUCCCAACCCCCUCAAUAACAUCAUCAACAUCAAGCUCCUCCCACUCCUCCGGCGCCUCAAUUCACUCCUCAACAACAUCCUCGACCUCCAACACCUCCUUGACAAAUUGGCAAUCCAUCCAAACCAACCCCGCAGCCUCAGACCUCUUCUCCCUCGCCGCAAUAAUCCUCGACAUAAUAACACAUCUAUGCAAACGCUCCCUCUCCUCCUUCGCCUCCCACCGCGCCGCCAGAAACCGCAGCGCAGGCCGCGGCGGCGGAAUGGCCGAUGCCUCCUUCCAUCUACCCCGGAACUCAAUCCAAGUCCAGUCCUGGGUCGCACUACUAGAAGGCGAUGCACUAAAACGCUGCCGUCGAGAUCGGGGAAGUGAUCGCGUCUUCUGGGCUGUACCACGGAUGCUUAUUGUCUUACGGGCGAUGCUUGCUCCGGAGCCGGAUAAGAGACCGACGGCUAGACGGGUACAGAAGAGUCUUGCGGCUGCUAUACGGGAGAUCCCUGUCACUAAGGGCGUGGGUGGUGGAGAUGCGGUUGAAUUGCAUUGUGGUUCUGUUGAGAAGGCGGAGAAGAUGCAGAGGAAAGAGGAGGAACGAGCUGCGGAGUUUGUGAGGGAGGAGGAGAGGAGGAUUAGGGAGAAGAAGUCUAAGAUGUCUAUUUUGGAUUCUUCGUCUGUUUCGAACUCUGAUUUUGAUUUCGGGUUCGAGGGAAGUGAUAGUGAGGUGCAUGAGCGGUGUGAGGUUGAGACUGAGCCAUCUUUGUUGGAGGUGGAUGAGGAUGAUCUUGCAUCGAUGGUGGAUUUGGAUCGCAUUUCUCCGCAGCUGGCGUUGCCGGAUCUGGAUGUUCAUUUAACUGGCAUUGAAAGGUUGACUAUUCAUGCAUAG